AAAAUGGUGGUAUUGUGUGGUCUUGUUGUUGUUGGUGGUGGCAAAAUCUAAAUGGAAAAAUACACAAACACGCGUUAAUUUUCUUUAUUAAAAAUUAUUUUAUUUGGUUUUGAUUUUACAACAUAAAGUAAUUGUUUUUUUAUUUAAAAUGGAAGAAAUUUUGGGACAGUCUAUGCAAACCCCUAUAAAUCUUAAGGAUUAUCUUUUAAAUUAUAAAAAUACAUUUAAACAGCCCUAUAAUCUGCCUCCUAGUGAUAUAAAUAUAGCAGAAGCCUUACAGCUCUCCGAUGAUGAUGAACAGUUCAAGACAAUUGAGGCAAAUUGUUCUCUAGAUCAUUUAAAACAUCCUAGUGAUCCACGUGUUGCCGAUUUUGUACCUGGCUAUUCUGAAAUACCCCGAAAGACUACUGCCAAUAUAGAUAUAAAAAGUGUGAAACUUAAAACUUUCGAACUAUUAAUAAAACAUAAACAAUGCAAAAAACCAAGUGCAUUUCAACGCUCAAGGGAGUGUUUUACAAUGAUGAAACUGCCAGCAGCAGCAGCUAGAGAAGCUACAGAGCCUAAUAUACUACAACCCGGUGAAGAAAUGAUUGUUUAUGUACGAUUUUAUCGUCCGGCACGUGCCACACAUAUUGGUCGCACUUUGGAAAAGCCAGUAUUUUCGCAGGAAUUUGCUUGUCUGGGCCGGAAUUUCUUAAGUGAAUUGCGUGAUAAAGUUUAUUGCGUUUGUAAUAAUAAACGAUUUUUCGAUGUAAGUGAACAACCCGAGGAGCCUUUACCUACUAAAGAUUCGGAUCCUGGUUUCUUUUUCAUAACCGACACCUUUUAUAAUGACAAACGUAAUCCUCUAAAUAUGGAUUACUCUCAAACCAUACGCAAUUGGGCCAAAAAAGCCAAAGGCUUAAAUAAUCUCGACUUUAAAGUGGCUUGUCUGGAGGAAACACGUUUUAUUGAUCUCACUGUCAGUUUGGGAUUUCCACAACUUUAUAUGCAUCAUGGUAAUUGUGAACAUGUAUUUGUCUUUUCAAAUAUCGAGAUUAUAACAAAUCCAAGUUUACAACUUUUACCCUCCAUAUCCAACUAUCCCUGUGUCUUGACUAUUAGCCGUUUUAAUACCCAAACAUGUAAUAUAUGCGGUAAAAUGAAUUAUGUUUAUGUAGUCCUGGGUAGUAAUCGUCAACUACAGGAUCCCGCCUAUUUGUGUAAACAAUGUUUUAUCUCCUUCCAUUAUGUGGAUGGUAAGAAAAUUGGUGAAUUUGAGGCGUAUCGUUUAAAUGAUGAAAUACAAAGGCCAGGAGUCGACGAUAUGGAAGUAUACAAUGGUGGCGAGGAGGUUCCACAGGAAAAUUUAAAUGAUCAAAUUGAUCAUGAUAAUGAUGAUGAUUCUGAAAACUCUGAAGAAGUUGAUAUUAUUAUAAAAGAGGAAGCAAUUUGUAAUACCGAUGAUAAUUGAUUAUAUGUAUUAAAAAUUAAGAAAACUUCUUAAAAAUUAAAUUAUAUAAAAUCGUU